UUCUAAAACCUCAGCUCCCAACUUCACUAGUUCACUUGCCCAGCCCGCCCUUAUCCUUCAACCUCCAAUCGAAGGAUUUCAAGAACCAAUUUCCAUGGCUCUCUGCUGAUUCUCGCACCAUUUCGAAAGCCAUCCAGACAUGCUCUCCAGGAGCUACUCAGGCGUCGCGAAACCCACCUUCUUGCUCGCCCACCAAGACCUCCCCGUCCGACUCUCAUGGCGAUCGAACCUCCCCCUGCGGAGACGCUGCGACCACCGAAUCUUGCAAAUCUCGCGGUUCCAGACCUCCGUCUCCGAGCGAAAUUCGUCCUCCAGGUCGGACGACUCGACCGCGGUGAGGCCGAACAGGGUUCGCCUGGGCCGGCGGGAUAGGGAUUCCGGCUCGUCCCUGUACAGUCGCCCCAGCUUGGCGGAGAUGAGGAGCGAGAGGAUCGAGAAUCGCGCUAGGGUUUACGAGUUCCUCCGCGGGAUCGGGAUCGUCCCCGACGAGCUCGACGGGCUGGAGCUUCCGGUCACGGUCGAGGUCAUGAAGGAGCGAAUUGAUUUUCUUCACAAAUUGGGGCUCACGAUCGAGGACAUCAAUAACUACCCUUUGGUCCUGGGUUGCAGCGUGAAGAAGAACAUGAUUCCGGUGCUCGAUUACCUCGGCAAGUUGGGCGUUCGGAAGUCGGCGCUCGUGGAGUUUCUGAGGAGGUAUCCGCAGGUUCUUCAUGCAAGUGUUGUGGUCGACCUAGCUCCGGUGGUCAAGUACCUUCAAGGUAUGGACAUUAAGCCGCACGACGUUCCUCGCGUUCUUGAAAAGUACCCGGAAGUUCUCGGGUUUAAGCUUGAGGGGACUAUGAGCACUUCGGUUGCUUACUUGGUUGGGAUUGGGGUCGGUAGAAGAGAGAUUGGGGGAGUCUUGACUAGAUAUCCGGAGAUUUUGGGGAUGCGAGUGGGCCGCAUGAUAAAGCCCUUUGUUGAGUAUCUUGAAUACUUAGGCAUUCCGAGAUUAGCUGUGGCUAGAUUGAUAGAGAAGAGUCCUUACAUACUUGGGUUUGGAUUAGACGAGACAGUGAUUCCCAAUGUGGAAUCACUAUUAGAAUUUCACGUCAGGAGAACAUUGGUUCCCUCGGUUGUGGUGCAGUAUCCUGAAAUUAUAGGGACUGAUUUGAAGACUAAGCUUCUGAAUCAGCGGUCUUUGCUUAGUUCAGUUACUGAGUUGAGUGAUGAAGAAUUCGGCAGAGUUGUCGAGAGGAUGCCACAGGUUGUCAGCCUCAGUAAUAGUGCUGUUGUCAAGCAUGUGGACUUUCUCAAGGAUUGCGGAUUUUUGUCGCAACAAGUUAAGGAUAUGGUCGUUGGGUGUCCUCAGCUGCUAGCCUUGAAUAUAGAUAUAAUGAAGCUCAGUUUUGACUACUUUAGAAAAGAAAUGGAAAGGCCUUUGGAUGACUUGGUCGCCUUCCCAUCGUUUUUCACUUAUGGUCUCGAAUCCACUAUAAAACCACGGCACAGAAGGAUUGCUAAGAAGGGUUUAAAAUGUUCUCUUGCCUGGCUUCUCAACUGUUCUGAUGAGAAAUUCAAGGACAGGAUGAAUUAUGACAGUAUUGAUCUGGAAGAAAUGGAUGCAUUGCCAUCAUUUGACAUGAAUAGCUUUAUGAAACCUGGGAGUGAUGAUGAAUCAGAGUCUGACUAUGAUGACGAGGAUGAUGAGGAGUUUGUCUGAUAUAAUGUUAAAUUCAGGUGGUUAUCUG